ACGAGACGCAUCUAACCCGAUCCUAUUUAUUUAGGUGUUUGUGGAGUUUGAGCAAUACAUAUGCAAUUGACGCAUGCAACUUUCCCCAUCCCAAAGUUAUAUGUAAUGUACGGGGCCAAGGUUGCUUUUCCCGACACAAAAAUCAAUAAACCCAACUCCCGUGGAUUCUUUCUUCUUGGCUAACUUUCACGGGCAGUAAAUCCACAGACGUGCAUGUAUCCGUUCGAGAUACAUAUUGUUAUGCCAUUUAGUGGCGAAUCCUGAUAAAGAGAAGAAUUCAGUGAAACCUUGCAUUUAAAAAUGAUCUCUGUUUCAUAAGUCCAGAUUUCAACACAAUAAUUUAACGUUUACAAUCAUCAUGAAGACCAUUUGUGGAGUUUCUAUGCGGGGAGCUGCCUACUUUGGAACCAGUGUACAUAUCUGCAUUGGAAUGAUUUUCUUUGUCAUGUUCCUGGAUCAACUGGUGCAUCAAAUAUAUUACAAGAAUUUUAACUUGGAUGGUUUGAAAGUCGACAAGGAAAGCAUUAUAUAUUUUGGGCUCUUUCUGCCGUUAGGAAUUCUAAUAUUUAAAGCAAUUGAUAAAGAAAACAAAACACUGCUGAAGUGGACAUCUGCGAUAUUUCUUAUGCUUCAACUUUUUGGGAUGAUAAUCAAAGUAAAAUUUGGUCACAUGACUGCUCCAAAUUUGAUGCUACCAACACGAGGCGGACCAUCUUCAAAUGUUGUAGAUAAUUUCAAAAUCCUAUCGUUAGAAAUUGCAGCCACCGUUGCAUAUCUGGUCACUCUUUACCUCUACGCUAGACAACUAGAGUGCUUUCCUGGUCGAAUUUAUGGUGGUCAAAGUGGUGGAAUUCCUCUAUAUUCCACAAAUUCUAAUUUUUUCACCGAACAUCAUCGGACUUCACAUCGGCGCCAUGGUGGUCGAUCCACGAUGUCCACAACUCCUUUCAGUUACAACUUUGAACCACCCCCACCUUACAGCAGCGUGAACAAUCUGACCAGCUUGACCACAGUCGAGGGCGCAACGCAUUCCUCACAGCAACCAUGCUCGAGUCGCUCUGUAUUUCACAACAUUGGGAGGAUCGGAAACAUUGCAUUUAAGAAAAAUUCUCACUCGCACGCCCAUCGCAAUAUUUCGCAUCUUCAUCAUUAUCAUCAUCAAAACGCUUCUGUCAAUAAUAACAAUAGUUCAACGCCUGUAGUGUCACCACCACAACCCAACGUUCCAGUCGUGAUUGUCGUGAAUCCAACCAAUGACCUCAAUCGAACCGACUUGUUUACAAGUGUUCCGUCAGAAUCGGACUCGUCAAGGGCUCCAUUACUCGAAAACAGUGCAAUGAGGCAAAAUGAUCUCAGUUCGACAUCCGACCGACAAAGUCGUCACGAUGAUAGUUUACUCAAUGUCAAAGAUGUAGACUAGCAUCCAUUAUUCCCAUUCGAUAUUUAAAUUCACGCAAAUAUGGUGCCCAAUAGCUAUACAUAUAUGUAAAUAAGUGUAUAAAUAUAAUUCCGUUGCCAUUAUUGUUAUGAAUGAAUUGGAGAAAUGACUGAAUAAUCCUUUCCUUAUUAAAAUGUUAAAAUUACGAAAUUAUUUUGUUUAUCAUCUUUACUGAGAAGUUUGUGGAGGCUACAAUAAUCCUGCAGGACACGAAUGAAUAAUAAAAAAAUGAUAUAAGAAAGAAUGACCUAA